AUGUCAACAGCUGAGAGGAAUCCUUUCCAACAAUUUAUUUGCGACUGUGCAGAUAGUCCUGCCCGGAUACAGGAAGCAUAUGAAACCCAUCGGUCUACAAGGACUGCACGGUUCAGAGCAAAGAUCCUUGCGCAGACUUUUACUGGUUGGGAAGUCGAUGAGAUCCUGAAGGACAUACUGGAUCCCGAUAAUGAUGGCCAGUUCAUUGACCAUCGGAAUAACCUUGCGUUCUGGGCUCGUCCGCCACAACACAUCCGGGACCUAGUCGCCGGAAUCCAGGAAGAGAUUCGUAGUGUUGCACCAUCACUAUGGUUCACGCCUUUAGAAUGUCUGCAUAUGACAACCUUGGAAAUUACCAAUUCAAAGACAGAGGCCGAGAUAGACACAAUAGUCUCUUCCUUGGAGACCGAGGCAAUCUCUGAAACCGUCAACUAUACAGCAAAACACCGUGCGCGACUCGUUAGACCGCUCAUCAGCUAUGACGCCGCCGCCAUGGCUCUCUGUUUCGUUCCCGCGGCUGGCGAAGGUACAGCAGACACGGACAACAACUAUUCCUACCAUCAUCUCCGACGAGACUUGUUCGAAAAGAUGGAUACUGCAGGUGUGGGCAUUGCGGCACGGUAUACAGUCCCUUCAGCCCAUGUCACCAUCGCACGAUUUGUCACUCAAGAUGGCUUUUCCCUGGAGACAGAUCUAUCUCACAGUCAUAGUCAGGUUGACCGGAAGCAAGUCCAGGCCCUUGUCAGCAAAAUCGAGACAAUCAACGAGAAGCUGAAAUCCAAAUACUGGUCUACAGACGAUGAGAAUAGAGUGUCUGAAGGAGAGUGGAUUGUCAACGUUCCCAAAACCCGCCGGACGUUCUGCAAGUCCAAGGACUGCCACAAGCACACCCAGCACAAGGUCACCCAGUACAAGGCUGGCAAGGCCUCCCUUUUCGCCCAGGGUAAGCGUCGUUACGACCGGAAGCAGAGCGGUUACGGUGGUCAGACCAAGCCCGUCUUCCACAAGAAGGCCAAGACCACCAAGAAGAUCGUCCUGCGUCUUGAGUGCACGCAGUGCAAGGCCAAGAAGCAGCUCUCCCUGAAGAGAUGCAAGCACUUCGAGCUGGGUGGUGACAAGAAGACCAAGGGUGCCGCUCUUGUCUUCUAA